UUAACAAGUAUCAGCAGGACGUGGUUAACAAGUAUCAGCUGCACGUGGUUAACAAGUGUCAGCAGUCCGUAUUUAACAAGUGUCAGCAGUACGUAUUUAACAAGUGUCAGCAGUACGACAAGUGUCAGCCGCAGGUUAACAAGUAUCAGCAGGACGUGGUUAACAAGUGUCAGCUGCACGUGGUUAACAAGUGUCAGCUGCACGUGGUUAACAAGGGUGUCAGGAGCACGUUUACGAGUGUUAGCAGCACGUGGAACAGCAAGUGUCAGCAGCACGUGGUUAACAAGUGUCAGCGGCACGAAGUUAACAAAUGUCAGUGGCACGUGGUUAACAACUGUGAGCAGCAUGCAGUUAACAAGCAGCACGUAGUUGACAAGUGUCAGCAGCACGUGGUUGACAAGUGUCAGCAGCACGUACAAAUGCGUCAGCAGCAUGUGGUCAAUAACUGUCAGCAGCACGUAGUUGACAAGUGUCAGCAGCACGUGGUUGACAAGUGUCAGCAGCACGUAGUUAACAAGUGUCAGCAGCAUGUGGUCAAUAACUGUCAGCAGCACGUAGCUGAUAAGUGUCAGCAGCACGUGGUUGACAAGUGUCAGCAGCACGUAGUUAACAAGUGUCAGCAGCAUGUGGUCAACAACUGUCAGCAGCACGUAGUUGACAAGUGUCAGCAGCACGUGGUUGACAAGUGUCAGCAGCACGUAGUUAACAAGUGCCGCAGCACGUGGUUAACAACUCACGUGGUUGACAAGUGUCAGCAGCACGUAAUUAACAAGUGUCAGCAGCACGUAGUUAACAAGUGUCAGCAGCACGUAGUUAACAAGUGUCAGCAGCAUGUGGUCAAUAACUGUCAACAGCACGUGGUUGACAAGUGUCAGCAGCACGUAGUUAACAACUGUGAGCAGCACGUAGUUGACAAGUCAGCAGCACGGUUAACAAGUAUCACCAGCACGUAG